AUGUGCAUCCCUGAGACCGAGGUGUGCGAUGGGAAACCUCAGUGUCGGGAUCAGUCUGACGAAAGGGACUGCUGGAAACAAACUAAGAGCUGUGAGCACCGCUGUGCUGAUGCAAAACGCUGCAUCCCAAAGAAAUUCAUCUGUGAUGGAGAGCAAGACUGCCUGGAUGGCUCGGAUGAAGUAGACUGUGACUUCAGUCUAGCCACAACAGUGUUUCCCCUCAUCACCUCCCCACCAACUUGCUUCACUCCUUCAGUUCUGUGCCCAGCUUCAUCAAAGUGUGUCUCUCAGAAUCAACUCUGUGAUGGCAAAAAAGACUGUCCUGAUGGGUUUGAUGAAAAGGACUGUGUGGUUCGAUGUGAAAACCCAAAUGACUUCCUGUGCAGCGAUCAGAGGAAGUGCAUCCCAAGAACUCAAGUAUGUGAUGGCCGUGCCCACUGUCCUGAUGGAUCUGAUGAGAUUCAGUGUCAUUCAGGCACUUCUGUCACUACACCCAAUCCAAGAUCUGGCCCUUUGAAGUGCCGCACAGGUUUCAAGCUGUGUAGAAAUGGCCUAGAGUGUGUGAUGUACAGCCAUGUGUGCGAUGGUGAGAUGGACUGCAAAGAUGGAUCCGAUGAAGAGGGAUGCGAGAGUCGCUGCAAAUCAGGUGAAUUCCAGUGUUCUCACGGGAAGAAAUGCAUCCCACAAGAACAGGUCUGUGAUGGACGGAGUGACUGUCAGGAUGGAUCUGAUGAAAAGAGCUGUCCAGUGUCGAGCGAGGGCUGCGAUCAUCGCUGUGACAACAACACUCGCUGUGUGCCGCAGACCUUCCUGUGUGAUGGCGAGAAGGACUGUGCUGAUGGAUCAGAUGAAGGAAACUGUGGUUCGGUAGCCUGUGCAAAUAAUCAGUACCGCUGUGCGAGUGGGCAGUGCGUGUCCGAGGCUUUUAAAUGUGAUGGAUACCCUGACUGCAAAGACCAUUCGGAUGAGAUGAACUGUCCACGACCCCCACGCUGCCCAGCAGAGCUCCGGUGCCCAAACAGCCAUGAAUGUUUGCAGAGAGAGUGGCUCUGUGAUGGAGAAGAGGACUGCAAAGAUGGCUCGGAUGAAAAGAACUGCAACAGCGCUCCAGCAAAGUGCAGGAAGUACCAGUUUCAGUGUGGAGACAGCAGUCAGUGCGUCCCUCUGUCCUGGAGAUGUGAUGGGAAGAAGGACUGCUCCAAUGGCUUCGAUGAGGACAACUGCAGCCUAAGAAUUUGUCCCUUCCACCUUUACCAGUGUGGCACUAAAGAGUGUUUGGAGCCCAAGAUGGUGUGUAAUGGUUUCACAAACUGUGCUGAUGGCUCGGAUGAAGGUGUGGGAUGUGCUCAACGCAACUGCUCCAGUCCUUCAGCUCCUCUGUGCGAUCACAGCUGUGUCAGCACCCCAAAUGGACCGAGGUGCUUCUGUGGUGCUGGUUACAAGCUACAGUCCAUCUCAAAGUCCUGUGUGGACGUCGAUGAGUGCAAUUCAACACCAGGAGCUUCAUGCAAACAGAUUUGUCAGAAUACACGAGGGUCCUACAGCUGUCAGUGCCACCCUGGGUUCUACCUCGAGCCUGAUGGCAAAAGCUGCAAAUCGAAAGGUGAGCCUUUGCUGCUUGCAUCCGUGCAAUCCGAGCUCUUGAUCCUGGGGAUCCAUAGCAACAAUCUGCAGCUCCUCUCCUUGGCCAACCGACCAGUCUUCUCCCUGGAUUAUGACAUGGCUCAGCAGAGAGUAUACUGGCUGAGUCCAGAGUACCAGAGUGUCCGCUGGGCUGACAUGAAAACGUCCAACAAAGGGACACUGAUUAAGGGUAUUAAGUCUGAUUCCAUCGCAGUGGACUGGGUUGGUAAGAACCUGUACUGGGUGGAUGGACUAGUUGGUCAGAUUCUGGCAGUGAAGCUGAGCAACACCACAAUGAGAUCUCAGGACUUCACUGUGGUGCUUGGCGAAAACCUGGAGCAGCUAAGCUCACUUAUCCUGCUGCCAAAUAAAGGGUUGAUGCUGUGGUCGGAGAUCGGCAGCAUCCCACAGAUUGAGCGAGCUGGGAUGGAUGGUUCACAGAGGAAAGUGGUGGUCAGUCGCGACCUGAUCUGGCCUGUCGGUUUGGCCUACGACUUCAUGGAUGACAGGGUUUAUUGGGCUGAUGAGAAGCUGCACUGCAUUGGCUCUGCCUCUUUGGAUGGUUACAACAUCAAGAUCCUCCAGUUGGCUGAAACUCCAAGCCCUUUUUCAGUGGCAGUCUUCAAUGAUCGUGUGUUCUGGUCAGACACGAAGAGAAGAACCGUUCGCUCGGCUGAAAAGAGAACUGGCAAAAAUCAGAAAGUUCUUUUGAAGAAACCUGGGCAGCCAUUUGGAUUGAAACUGAUGCACACCCUCUCCCAGCCAGUGGUGUUAAACCCCUGUGAGCAAAUGCGUUGCUCCCAUCUCUGCCUUUUGGCUCCAGGAAUCUCUGCAGUUUGUCGAUGCCCAAAAGGGCUGCUCCUUUCGCAGGACAAAAUCACCUGCUCUCUGCCCAAAGAGUCUUCUUUCAUCUUGCUCCUGUCCCAUGACACAGUCAAUCAGGUUUACUUGCGCUCGAUGAGUCGUGAUGGGAUUGCACUGAAAAAGAUGCCUAAUGGCCGAGCCUUUGCCCUUCCUGGAAUAAAAGGGGCUGUGAGCCUGGACUUUUCCAUUUCAGAACUACUUCUCUAUGUGGCCAAUUCAAAACCUGGAUCUGUGGAUGUGCUGAGGCUCAGCAGGUCCAGGUCAAGUCCAAAACUUGUACUUGCAGGAAAAAUUGUAAAGCUGCAGGAGGAGGAUUCAGUCACAGCUUUAGCAGUUGACUGGGUAACCUCCAACCUCUACUGGUGCAGCAAAGAGAAACCGAACAUCCACGUGACAUCACAUUCUGAUGGCUACACCACCUCACUGCUGCAGGGAUCUUUGGUGGUAAAACUUUAUUAA